AUGAAGAAAGCAAUUGAACCGUUUCAAGUGAAUGGACCAUUGACAUAUGAUGCAUAUUUGCGCAGGUGGGACAUCCACUUUGCGGUGAAAGAACUGACAGAUGACAGCGACGAUACCAAGAGGAGGAACAUGUUUCUUGACAACCAAGACCCUGAAUCGUUCGCAGUGGCCGAAAAGGUCUGCCCUGAAGGUGUCCUUUCGAUGACCUACGGAGACCUGACGAAGCGGCUGCGUGAGUACUACCAGGGUGAGGCGCCCAAGAAAAUUGUGUACAAGCAUGAGUUCAACACAAGAAGUCAGAAAACUGAGGAGUCUGCGGCUGUUUACAUCGCGGAAUUGACAAAUUUGGCUACAAAGAGUGGAUACCGUGAUAAGGAUGAAGUCUUAGUGGCCAGAUUAAUUUCAGGUUUGAAAAAUGAUAAGCUGAGAGAGAAACUGUUGGCUGAAGAUGAUGAAACACUAACUUUGAAAUUUGUGAAAGCUAAAAUUAUGGCUCAUGAGUCGGCAGAGAGAACUGCCCAGUCACUUGCAUCUAGAGGAAAUGCUGACGUAAAUCAAGUGUCGCAGCAGAGAAGUUUCAAGCCAAAAUUCGGGGGAGGAAGAGUGUCUGCAAAUCAAAGUCAGCAGCAGCAAGUUUUCCAGUCUCCGAAGAGUGGCAAGUGUUUUGCUUGUGGCCAGGUGGGCCACAUGAAAAAGGACUGUAGAUUCAAAAACUCAAAAUGUUUGACCUGUCAAAAAGUGGGUCAUCUUUCUAAAGUGUGUAACAACAAGAAGAGCAAGACCAAUUUAGUUGAAGGUCAAGGAGAGGAGGACGAUGAAGAUGAUCAAGAAAGGGGGCAGUAUGAGGCUGUCACUAAUUACCUCCUCCAGGUGGAAGCAUCUUCUCCAGUGAUCUCGUCAACUAACAAGGUGUUGAUGUGUGUCCCUGUGAAUGGGAAAAGUCUCCAGAUGGAGGUCGACACAGGGGCCACUUUCAGUCUGAUUGGUCGGUCGACAUUCAACGAGUACUUCAAGGACAAAUCAGUGGUGCAGCCAUCCAAAGUAAAGAUGAAAGCGUGGGGCCAAGAAGGAGAAAUCUUGGCUCUUGGAAAAGUUCCAGUGGUGCUGCAACCUAAGGGGAGGCCAGAGGUGAAACUUGACCUGCUGGUCAUGGAGAGAAAUGGGCCGUCGCUCUUGGGCAGAAAUUGGUUUGAGCCAUUGGGCAUCACUGUGGGCCUUCCUGUGUUGAAAGGACUUGGACCAGAUAUGCACCUAGUGCAGCCAGAGUUGCCAAGUAUCUACAAGAUGAUGUCGGUGCCGGCGGAGUUUGAAGCAAGUGUUUGA